AUGGAGGGCGAGAAAAAUCAUAUCUUCUACCGAGUCACCUGCCCCACAACUGGCCAGCAGCGAAUCCACGCUAUCUGGGUGUACGACGACAAGCAGCGUCUCUCUGUGCAACAGACGCUUCAGCAAAUCAUCGACGAAUGCGCGGCCUCGCGCGCGCCUCUGGGAGCGCCCAGCGAAGAUUUCGCGCCGCAAACUCGCCCUCCCGUUGCUGGUGUCUCUUCGGCCUCCAACAGCGCCGGCGUCCAGCUGCUCGCGCUCCUGCGGGGCGCCCAAGGGGGCGCUCAGAAAUUGGGGACUCCCGGCCCCACACACCCCACACAGUCUCCUGUCUCCGGAAGCAGAGAGGGAUCCGGGCCGACCGCGGGACAGAGCCUCAUGUCUCUUCUGGGUGUGGGGCCCUCGGCGUCGUCGGAGAGCUCCGGGGCCUCGCCCCUCCUGCCCGCUUCGUCUCUGCUGGGCUCUUCGCGCCCCACAGGCGAACACACUUCGCUCGCAGGCUUGGAGCCGGAGGAGGCGAGGAAGAACACGAGUCUCUCGAUUCUCUCUCUGCUCAAGAGACCGGCCCCUGCUGAGGCCGGGUCGGAGACAGGUGUCUCCUUCCCGGGGGGCGGCGACGCGGAAAGACCGCCCUCGAGAGGGGGCCUGUCUCCGCGGUCUCCACGAGAAAGAGACUCUGCAGCCGAGGCUUCCAGCACCGCGGGCACUGUCUCCCUCGUCGGCAUGUUGAAGCGUUCGGGGGAGAAUCGAGAGGCGCCGGGACGGAGCUCUGUCUCCGGCGCAGGCCUGCUGGGCUCGGGGCUCCUGGGGGCGCCGGCGCCGGCUGGGCCUCCGCUGUUGCCUGGAGGCCGCGCAGUCCCCGACGCUCUCGCCUCCUCGCCCCUGUUGGCUGCGCCGCUGCGCGCCUUCGGAGACAGGGCGCCGCUCGCCUCUUCGCUUGCUUCGCAGGAGAACGCCGGAGGAGCCUUUCGCGCGCCAGCGCAUCCUCUCGCGGCGCCUUGUGGAGCGGAAGGGACUCCCGAGGCUCACCGCGUGCUCGUGUCUCGGAGCAUGCUGACGGAGGCCCUGCAGCGAGUCCUCAAGUCCGAGGCGUUUUCUUCUCUCCUCUGGCAAGAACUCGUCGCCGCUGAAGAGCGCGAACGAAGACGGCCUCGCCUCGAAGAGAGCGGGGAAAGGCGCUUCAGUCGAGAGGACGCCCGCGGAUAGACAAACAGGUGAAGGACACAAGCAAGGUGACUCAGCGAGGCAAAGUCACAGGAGACAGUGCGGUGUCAUGGCGCAUGCCGCCCGAGAAUGCAGACGGGAGGAGACCGACGGGGAAAGCAGUGGAAAAGAAGAGAAACGAAAGGAGAGAAGAGGUGAGGAGAAAGGAGGGGAGGAGAAAGGAGGUGAGGAGAAAGGAGGUGAGAGAAGAGAGGGAGAAAGGAGCAGAAGCCACAAGAGAGGAGAAGGAGAGACGAGGACCCUUGGGCGGUCCACAGAGAGAAACCGAGGUGAAAGGCAUCGGCAGUUUCUCGAUGGGUGAGACAUGAAACACCCGAAAAGGAGAUCGCAGAGAGGGAGGCGAGACAGUGGAGGGCCUGAACGGAGGGGAAGCGAAAAACAAGGGAGGAGAACAGGUACUUCUGAGACGCAGGGCCGUGGACAAGUGGAGAAAGAGGAGAGCGCAUGCAGAGAAGAGAUGCAACUGGAAGAAAGGAAGACCGCUUUUGUCGCUUUCCAUGUGACAUUUGAAUUCUUUACUUCUGCGAACGAAACAAGACGCAACAAGCAUCCUUUUCGCCCUGCCUGUUUCUUCCUUUUCUCACUUCGCCCUCACCUCUUCUGUCUUCUUUCUUCUGUCCACUUUCUCUCCAUCUCCUCUCUUCUAUGGUUUUUCCUCUCCUCUUCAUCCUCUCCCCCUAGUAUCUUUUUUCUCUUCUCUCUCUCUUUCUCGCUCUUCUCUCUUCCCCUCCUUUUCUCCUUUUUUUUUUUCUCUUCUCUCUCUCGCGCUCUUCUCUCCGCCUGUGUUAUCUUCACGGUUUUCUUGCCUUUCCCCCAUUUCACUCCGCCGUUCCACAGUCCUGCAGAACGCGCAGACACCCGCAGAGAGCGUGCGAGGCCUCCUCGCAGGCGUCGGUCGACCAGACCAAGAAGGAAAAAGGGGAGUAGGGAGGAGCGACGCGAUGAGAAAGGCGAGCUCUUGUCCCAGAGAACAGGGCGAACUGAAAGAAGCUUUCGCUCCACGCCCGGACAGGAAAUCCGCAGAGCCACAGAGGAAACGGCGUCCCUGCCAGCUUGACAGGCACACUCUGCGCGGUGUUUAGACAGGUGCUCAAGCGUACUCGUGGGC